UAACUGCUCCUUGGGCUUGACUUCAGGAACUGGGUGGUGGCUGUGACGCCUCUGCCACUGGAGGCUCAUUGGCUCCGGAGUUCAGGAAGGAGCGCUGAGCUGUCCUGGUGGCAGAUGACGGCCCACAGGUAGUCCUGGCCCCACCCGCCCCCCGCCCCCGCCCAGGGACACUUUGUCCAGUGCUCCUUUGAAGAACAACAUCCAGCAACCUCCAGGGUCCUGCUGUGACGGGAAAGAUGGUCCUUACAACCGCCGCGGAGGACGUUCCCAGUGACCUGACUGUAGAGGAGCGUCAGGAACUGGAGAACAUCCGGCGGAGAAAGCAGGAGCUACUGGCCGACAUUCAGAGGCUCAAGGAUGAGAUAGCAGAGGUAGCUAAUGAAAUUGAAAACCUCGGGUCCACAGAGGAAAGGAAAAACAUGCAGAGGAACAAACAGGUAGCCAUGGGCAGGAAAAAGUUUAACAUGGACCCUAAAAAGGGGAUACAGUUCUUAAUAGAGAAUGACCUGCUGAAGAAUACUUGUGAGGACAUUGCCCAGUUCUUGUACAAAGGGGAAGGCCUCAACAAAACCGCCAUUGGUGACUACCUGGGGGAGAGAGACGAGUUUAAUAUCCAGGUUCUUCAUGCAUUUGUGGAGUUACAUGAGUUCACUGACCUUAACCUUGUCCAGGCGCUACGGCAGUUCCUGUGGAGCUUCCGGCUGCCGGGGGAGGCCCAGAAGAUUGACCGGAUGAUGGAGGCGUUUGCCCAGCGCUAUUGCCAGUGUAAUAUUGGGGUGUUCCAGUCCACAGACACUUGUUACGUCCUCUCGUUUGCCAUCAUCAUGUUGAACACCAGCCUGCACAACCCCAAUGUCAAAGAUAAGCCCACUGUGGAGAGGUUCAUCGCCAUGAAUCGCGGCAUCAACGAUGGGGGAGACCUGCCUGAGGAGCUGCUCCGGAAUCUGUAUGAGAGCAUAAAAAACGAACCCUUUAAAAUCCCAGAAGAUGAUGGGAAUGACCUCACUCACACUUUCUUCAACCCAGACCGGGAAGGCUGGCUAUUGAAACUUGGUGGCAGGGUCAAGACUUGGAAGAGACGCUGGUUUAUUCUGACUGACAACUGCCUUUACUACUUUGAAUAUACGACGGACAAGGAGCCCCGUGGGAUUAUCCCUUUAGAGAAUCUGAGUAUCCGGGAGGUAGAGGACUCCAAAAAGCCAAACUGCUUUGAGCUUUAUAUCCCCGACAAUAAAGACCAAGUCAUCAAGGCCUGUAAGACGGAGGCAGACGGGCGGGUCGUGGAAGGGAACCACACCGUGUACCGGAUCUCAGCCCCGACGCCUGAGGAGAAGGAGGAGUGGAUUAAAUGCAUCAAAGCAGCCAUCAGCAGGGACCCUUUCUACGAGAUGCUGGCCGCGAGGAAGAAGAAGGUCUCCUCCACGAAGAGACACUGAGUCUGCCCAGCGAGCGGUGCCGGCGUGCGAGGCGUGCGAGGCCCCGGGUCCUUCCUCCCGUCCCCCCCGCAGAUGGGCGGCGGGCUGCCGAGCAGGGCUGUCCCCUGCUGCACAUCACCCCGAAUUCCUAGAGACUGGCUUCCGCUUUGCUAUCUGUUUUUAAGUGGGAGAAGGGUAGGAGUUCGCACGGGGGAGAGGGAACAGAGCCCCCGCCAGCACAUCAGCCUCCGUGCAAGUCUCCCGCUCAGCAGGUCUGAUAGCAGAGCUCGAAGCCAGCUGUUUACCUCUUGGUUAUUUCCCUGUGAAGAAGCCUUCAACCCUGCACCGUAAAUACACCCAUCGAUAUAUUAUUCUGUGUUAAGAAAAAAGUGGAAUGGAAGAGAAGCCACAUACUAUAAAGAUAUAUUUUUGUUUUUUAAAGAGAGAAAAAGAUAAAGUAGAGCCCUUCCGAGGCAUUCUGCCCGGUCCGGGGUGGAGGCUCCCCGGGCAGCCGCCGAGGGUGUCCUCCCCACCCGCCGCCCCAGCCCACUGGCGGGAGCCGGCUUCUCAGCAGCCCGAGGGCGCGGGCGGUGGGACGGGCGGGCGGGCAGCAGCCACCCCUUCUCAGUUCCAAGUGUCGGGGGCGCAGAGGGGAGAAGGGAAUCGCUGGACGGUCACUGUUUUUCAGAGUUCCUCCUUGUUGGGCUUUAAACUGCAAAGUCAGCAUUUUCCUUUGAGCUAAGUACCCCGGAACCAAAACUGUGAGGACGGCAGUCCCCGCCGAGGUUCGGGACGGCCUGUUUCUUACGUGGUUCUUCCUCCUCCCCCAGAGCUGCAGUCCUCGUUUUAGAGGAAGGAGCAGGUCUUACUGAUCACCUUAGGUCUUCAGCUUUUUCCGCCUCGACUCGGGACCCGACCUGGACUACUGUUGCCCAUUUCGGG